AUGACCUGCCGCUACUGCCAAAAGCUAGGCCACCAUGAGUAUGAGUGUUACAAGAAGGUUUCAGAUGAGCAAUCGGGUAAACUCCAAGAUGAGAAGAACCAACCCAAGCCAACCCAUCCCAGCGGAUUCAAUCCUAAGCCUAGACCCAACAACAACAGUGGAGCUGCUCCCAAGGGUCGUGUGUUCGUUAUGAACAGCCGUGAGGCUGCAACUGCUUCUGAUAAGGUAAUUACAAAUUUCUUUAUUUGUUCUAUGUCUACUAAAGUCUUAUUUGAUUCAGGGGCGUCUCACUCUUUUAUUUCUAGAAGUUUAGUAGAUAUGCUCAAGUUAGAGAUUCCGGUGUCUGUUUCCUUAGAUAUUCCUAUCCCAUCAAGGGAAGUGGUGAAUUGUACUAAGAUGCAUCAGAGUGUACCUCUUGUUAAUCGAGCUUGA